AUGCUAUGUAUAACUAAAUAUAGCACAAAAAUAGAUAUUUGGUCUUUUGGAUGUAUUUUAGGUGAAUUAGUAACAAAUAAACUUUUAUUUAAAGGAAAAAAUGAAGGAGAUUAAUUAAUUUAAAUUUUUAGAUUAUUAGGUUUUCUCAAUUAAGAAGAAUAUGAUUAUUUUAGUUAAAAAGUUCCUUUUGAUUCUAAAAUUUUUGAAGAAUUUUAAAUAUAUGAAAAACAGUUUUCACAUUUAGAAAAAUCAGAUUUAUUACUUGAUUUAUUGUAAAGAUGUUUAUAAUUUUGUCCUGAAAAAAGAAUUUCUGCGUGCGAAGCAUUAAAUCAUCCUUUAUUUUAAGAAAUAUAAGAAAAAUAUUCAUGA